UUAAGGGCAGGUUGUUUGUCUCACCUGAACAGUGCAGUGACACACAGUUGAACAUCAGCGCGAGAGAACUCCUCCGCAAACAGAAUGUCUUCGAGGCCAAACGGGAGUCCUCCGCCCUAUGAUUAUCAUACUGAGGAGGGAUAUAAUGUCGCCCCACAGCCUGCGUAUUCGUACUAUCCUGACGAUGAGUUCCAGCAUUUCUAUCGCUGGACGUCUCCACCGGGCAUCAUAAAGAUCAUGUGCGUCAUGUCGAUCAUCUUCUGCGUGGGCAUCUUCGUAUGCGUGGCCUCGACACUGGCCUGGGAUACUAAUGCAGGAGCAGCUGGAUUCGGAGGUUAUGGAGGUUCCUAUGGAGGCUCGUACGGUGGCAGCUACGGCUCCUAUGGCGGCUUCGGGGGAAGCAGCUAUGGAAUGGGUGGAUACGGCGGCUACGGUUACGGGAUCCUCGGCUCUCAGAACGACCCCAGGCAGGGGAAGGGAUUCAUGAUGGCCAUGGCCAUCAUCGUCUUCAUCGUUCUUCUCGUCAUCUUCAUCCUGAUCAUCUCACACCAGAGAGUGGCGCAGGGAAGGAAGUUCUACCUGACCAUCAUCAUCGUCAGCGCAAUCCUGGCUUUCCUCAUGUUAGUCGCCACCAUCGUCUACUUGGUGACGGUUUACCCGAUGGCCCAGACGUCCGGAUCGGUUCAGUUCAAUCAGGUUUACGCCAUGUGUGCCGCUUACCAGCAGCCUCAGAUGUCGGGUGCGUUCGUGAACCAGUAUUUGUAUCACUACUGUGUGGUGGAUCCUCAGGAGGCGAUCGCUCUUGUUUUGGGCUUCAUCGUCACCGCGGCCCUCAUCAUCAUCAUGGUUUUUGCCAUUAAAACCCGUCAAAAGAUCAAUUAUAAUGGGAAAGACAACAUCCUGUGGCGCCGUGUAAAGGAAAUUGAUGAUCAAAACUCACCACAGGAUGUAGAAGAUUGGGUGAAUAAUGUGAAUGGAGUGCCUGAUCCGCUGCUGGCUGACUAUCCCAAUAAGUUUGGAGGGUCUAGAAGUUAUCUGGAUGACAACAGCACAAAUUACGACAAACCGCCCCACAGUGAAAGUCCUGUGGAGAUCCAGAAUGAAGUGCCCGUCCGUAGUUCAGCGCCGCUGAGCAGCGGAUCUGAGAUGAACAGCUCUGUAGGACGGCCCAAGAAACGGCGCGCUGGACGCCCACGCACCGCCGACGGACGGGAUUAUGAUGCUGACUACGCGUCCUCUGGAGACGAGCUGGACGAUGAUGACUUCUCCAGUGAAUUCCCUCCCAUUAUUAAUGAUGAAGAAAGAGAAGAUUACAAACGCCUGUUUGACAAAGACCAUCAGGAGUACAAGGAGCUGCAGGCAGAACUGGACCAUAUCAACAAGCGCCUGGCUGAAGUGGACCGCGAGCUCGAUGAUCUGCAGGAGGGCAGUCCUCAGUUCCUGGACGCCAUGGAUGAGUACAACGCGCUGAAAGACAAAAAGAGGAGCGGCGAUUACCAGGUGAAGAAAAAGCGCUGCAAGCACCUGAAGGCCAAACUAAACCACGUCAAACGGAUGGUCAGCGAUUACGACCGCAGGUCCUAAAGAUCGUUCCCAUCACAUUAGAGCAGAAAGAGCUACUGGACAGUAUUGUGAGAGCACAGAUGUGUCUGCGUCUGUCCAGAUGUGUGGGUUGCUGCCAUUCGUGAGCUGGGCUGUGUUGCUCUGUGGACAUUUGAUUGAUAAUGCAAGUACAUAUUCAAGGCAUUCUGAUAUGCAAUAUUUUCCUAAAAAUCCUUCAUGAACCAGUUUUAAAAUCAGGCUUAACUACUAAUCCUCUGUUUGUCUUGAAAUGUCCGAUUAGCUGUUACAGAUAGAUUUACCAUGAACUUGGUUGGUGUUUCAGUACAGCGUGUUUGUUUUAUAAUGUUUUAUUUUUUUAUAGUUAUUCACUUAUUUCGUAGAAGGUAAAAUACUGUGCCAAAUAAUUUUACCAGGCGGGUGUGGUUUGAGCUCUUGAUAACCAGUUAUGUCUGUAUAAAUCAAGCUGUGAUCAGUUACAGAUAAAAACGUAAUAGCUAGUCUUUUAAGCUCUAUUUAACGACUUUUUGUCAUGCUGGUAUGUAAAUAUGUAAUUUAAAUGUCCAAACUUUUUGAUUUCUUUUAUUUGUUUUUGACAACUAUUAAUACAAUCAUUUUAAUACUAUAAUAAAUGUGACCAUAGAUUUACCAAUA